AAAUUAAUGAAUCAAAUUUAUUCUUAUUUCGCAAAUAGCAUUAGCCAUUACCCAUCGAGUGAACCCUUAUUAGAACCGGGACUGUGCAACACGCGCCGCCGAAGUUAAGCUUCGGAGAGCUUUCUCCGCCGUUGCUUCUAGACGAAGCUUGUCUCAAUUCUAAUUCCGAAAUCCAAAACCAGUGAGGCUAUAAUUAGCUUGUGUAUCAUGGCAAUGGCGGGAUUGUAUAGACGCCUUCUUCCUUCUCCCCCUUGCUUUGAUUUUGCUUCAUCUCACGGCAAGGUCACUUUCUCAUAUGGCAAGCAACUUUUUGUUGAAGGCAUUCAAAAUGGAACCAUGGAAGGCUUUUAUAGGUUGAUAUCUUAUUUCCAAACACAAUCAGAACCCGCCUAUUGUGGCCUCGCCAGUCUAGCUAUGGUACUCAAUGCUCUUGCCAUUGAUCCUGGCAGAAAAUGGAAAGGACCUUGGAGAUGGUUCGAUGAAUCUAUGUUGGACUGCUGUGAACCUUUAGAAAUUGUAAAGGCUAGAGGCAUCACAUUUGGGAAACUUGUAUGCUUGGCUCAUUGUGCUGGAGCCAAAGUUGAGGCCUUCCAUGCUAGUCAGAGCACCAUCAAUGAUUUUCGUAAAUAUGUACUCAAAUGUUCAAGUUCCGAUGACUGUCAUUUAAUCUCAUCAUACCAUAGAGGUGCCCUUAAACAAACGGGAACCGGUCACUUUUCUCCUAUUGGUGGAUAUCAUGUUGGAAAGGACAUGGCAUUAAUUUUGGAUGUUGCACGUUUUAAGUAUCCUCCCCAUUGGGUUCCACUUACCGCUCUUUGGGAAGGCAUGAAUUAUAUUGAUGAAUCAACUGGAAAAUCUAGGGGGUUCAUGCUUAUAUCAAGGCCGCACACGGAACCUGGCAUGCUUUAUACUCUGAGUUGCAAACAUGAGAGUUGGAAUAGUAUCGCGAAAUUCCUAAUGGAUGAUGUGCCUUUUCUAUUAAAAUCAGAGGAUGUGCAAGACAUAUACAAGGUUUUUUCAAUUAUAUUCACAUCCCUGCCAUCCAAUUUUGAAGAAUUCAUCAAAUGGAUUGCAGAGAUCAGAAGGCACGAGGAUGGCGAUUCAAGCUUAAGUGAAGAGGAGAAAACAAGGCUCGCUGUCAAGGAAGAGGUAUUGAGACACGUGCACGAAACAAGUCUUUUCAAACACGUGUCCUCUUUUCUGUCAAGUUCUUGUGGCAGACAGACACUAACUUCAGGUGAUGGAGAUGCCUUACCUGUCAUUGCUGCAAGUGUUUGUUGCCAAGGAGCAGAGAUUUUAGGUGGAAAACAUAGCUCACCGGCCGUGUAUUGCUGUCCAGAAACAUGUGUGAAAUGUUGGAAAGCCGAAGAUGACAAAUCAAUAACAAUGGUUAGUGGAACUGUUGUAAACGGUAACACAGAGCAAGGGGUUGAUGUGUUGAUUCCUUCGUCAUCUGGGAAAUUAUGUUGCACUUGUUCUAGCAAAAAGAACAUUAGGAUGCACCCAGCUAGCUCUGAUGUGCUAACCGUGCUUUUACUGUCCUUACCAUCUACAACAUGGGAUGGUAUCACGGAUGAGAAGCUUUUGAAAGAAAUACAUGAUCUGGUUUCACAUGAAAAUCUUUCUACUUUACUUCAAGAAGAGGUUUUACACUUAAGACGACAACUACAUAUUCUGAAGAGAUGUCAAGAGGGGAAGGUAGAUGAGGAUCUUCAAGCUCCUUUAUCUUAGCAUAUCUCCUACAUAUUUAUUCUAACAUGGAUGGGAAUAAGAUCCUUCCAUAACAAAUUUAUUAUGUAAAUAAUUUUUUCGCCCAUAUUUAUUAGUCCUCUGUGCUCAAAUGAAUAAGGAUCUUGAAGCUCCUUUAUCUUAGCA